CCACUCUACAUUUAUAUAGCUCAUUGUUGCACUUGAUUAUAUUCUAACCUCUAUGAGCAAGUGACGCCGACUAAACAUAAGUAUUUUAGUGUAUAAAAAGUAUUAUCAAAUAUAGUAUAAUUAUUACAUUACAUUUAGUCUUGAAAAUUAUUCAAUCGCAAUGGAUAUUAGGCCAAAUAAUACUAUUUAUAUUAAUAAUUUAAAUGAAAAAAUAAAGAAGGAUGAACUAAAGAAAUCCUUGUAUGCAAUCUUUUCUCAAUUUGGUCAAAUAUUAGAUAUUGUAGCAUUAAAGACGUUAAAAAUGCGUGGACAAGCAUUUGUUAUUUUUAAGGAAAUUGCUAGUGCUACAAAUGCCUUGAGAUCAAUGCAAGGAUUUCCAUUUUAUGACAAACCAAUGAGGAUACAAUAUGCAAAAACUGACAGUGAUAUAAUUGCAAAAAUGAAAGGUACAUAUGCAGAAAGACCUAAAAAACCAAAACGUGUUGUACCUGCAGCUGAUGAAGAAGCUAAACGUGCUAAAAAACGUGCCAAAGAACAAGCUAAACAUUCGCAACAGAUUGGUUAUCAUGCUGGUGUACCACAACACCCAGGUUUAGUUAAUACAGCUGUACCAGAGCAGCCACCAAAUCAGAUAUUGUUCCUUACAAAUCUACCAGAUGAAACUAGUGAAAUGAUGUUAUCUAUGCUUUUCAAUCAGUUCCCUGGUUUUAAAGAAGUACGUUUAGUACCAAAUAGGCACGAUAUUGCAUUUGUUGAAUUUGAGAAUGAGGUACAAUCCGGGGCUGCAAAAGAUGCUCUUCAAGGAUUUAAAAUCACACCCUCGCAUGCAAUGAAAAUUUCGUUUGCAAAGAAAUAAAGUAUAAAAUAUAUUUGUACGAAUAUAUUGUUAAUGAAUGGAAAAAUGUGUGCGUGUUAUAACAGGUCUUAUAUAUUCGUAAAAAUAUAUGCAAGUGUAUUUGAAGAUUUGUUGAACAGGGAUUUAUAAAUGUAAGUCAAAAACAUGAUGCAUAGAUUCAAAAACUAUCUGUGUACAAAAUUUUAUGUAAUGUAAGCAUAUAAAUCAAACUUUACAUUGUAAAUAGCAAUUAAAAAGAUGUAUUACAUUUUUUUAACAAUA